AUGCCAGCUUGUCGUAUUAUGGUAAAGACUAUGUUAGGAGUCGAAGCAGAAAAAGAAAUAAUUAAAAUACCAUUAUCUGAUAGUACAAUUAGUCGUAGGAUUAUAAAUAUAUCAGAGGAUAUUGAGAAGCAGGUUAUUGAAGUUAUAAAAAGUGGAGAAUUAUUUGCCUUGCAAGUUGAUGAAUCAACAGACAUAAAAUUAUCUGGGACAACAACUGGUCGAGAUGUUUUUGAUAUCAUAAAUAAAUAUUUUAAAAAUUAUGGUAUAUCGUGGACUUUUUGUGUAAGUAUUUGUACAGAUGAGGCGCCAUCAAUGAUAGGCUCUAUUAAAGGAUUUAUUACAAUUACCAAAAAUCAAAAUCCAAAUAUAAACACAACACACUGUUUUUUACACAGGGAGGCAUUAGUAGCAAAAAGUAUUGUUAAUGAAUUAAAGAUUGUACUUGAUCAAGUCUUAUGUGAAUCAAUGGAAUCUGACCACUUUACAUUAAUUAUUCAUACAGAAGUACGUUGGUUAUCAAAAGGGCGAGUUUUAUCACGUUUUUAUAAACUUAGAGAAGAACUUUUAGUAUAUUUUACAAUGGAACAAAUGGAAUAUUCCGAUUAUUUAUCCGAUGAAUUUUGGUGUUCAAAAUUAGCAUAUUUAGCUGAUAUUUUUGAACACCUGAAUCAAUUAAAUUUAAACAAAAAUUAUGAUUUCAAACCAUUAAAGAUUGAUAUGAUGCAUUCAAUAGCAGGAAAAAGAAAAAGCCACCUUUUGAAUGAGAGAGUAAAUCCUUGUACUGAACGUCAGCAAAAUCGCAAAAUUCUGUUAGAUUUUCAAUACGAACUGUGUUAA